AUGACACUCGAAGAUUUCUUUACUUUAACUGAGAUGAAAGAUGGGCUCACAGCCCCGUCUCGAGUUGAGGAGCUGGUCAAUGUAAUGCAGAGUGAGAAAGAUUCUAUUGCGAAUAAUGUGGGUGAUGCAACCCGGCAGUGGGCUGCUGUUGCUAGCACAAUUGCUGCCACGGAGAAUAAAGAUUGUCUUGAUCUUUUUAUUCAAUUAGAUGGACUCUGGUUUGUUGAUAGAUGGCUUAAAGAUGCUCAAAACUUAGGUAAUGAUACAAAUGAGAGCUUUGUAGAAGAGUCAAUAACUGCUCUGUUACGAGCACUUGAAAAGCUGCAUAUAGACAAUAAGCGGUCAAUAUCUUCAGGGAUCUGGAGUACUGUGAAGAGUCUUCUUGGCCACAAAAGCACAAUGGUUCAGGAUCGAGCAAGAAUGCUGUUUGAUAGCUGGAAGCAGGAUGUUGAGAAUGCUGAGGUUCUCUGUGAUGAUGGGAGUUCUAAGAUUUUGGAAGAAGAUUCUAAGGCUUCUGCUGUAAAAAGUACUUCAGAAGUAGGUACUAACAGAGAAAAUCACACAUCAGGACCUGCUCGAGAUGAAUUGUCCCCAUUAAGGACUUCGGGCGGUCUUCAACUAGAAGGUGCUGAUGCUGUACUGAGUAACAAACAGUCCCCAACCCACAAACUUUUAGACAAUGCAGACAUCAAAGAUAGAUCUCCAGAUCCUUUGGCCUCUGCUGUUGUCAUGGACCCUAUUCAAGAAAGUCCUAUAAAAGAUGAAUCCUCUAUGUGUUCUGUGGGAGGAACUACUUCAAUUGGAACUUCUAGUUUUCCAGCAGCAAAGCUGAGCAAUGUUGAUGGACAUUCCGACACUCCAAAAUCAAAUGAGUUGUCCAAAAAUGAAAAUCAGGAUGAGAAAGUCAACAGUUCUCCACAGAAGUUGGGUGUGACAGACAUCUCUUCGGGGCCUGGUCUGGUGGAACCCGGGGUUGUUUCUUCAGGUGCUGAUGGUUCAAAUUCCCAGGUCUUUGCUACUGAUUCUGCAUUGCAAAAAAGUGUUAAUGCCAACCAGGACGAUUCUUGUCAAAAAUUUACUGCUCUUGCUAAUGAAGGGACAGCUGCGUCUGAUCCAAAGGGUGUAAUGGAUGAUGUCAGAGCGGUAAAUCAUUGCAAUACUACAGUUCAAGAUGGUGAAUGCUGUUCAAACACUCCACAUGACUUGUCUGGUAAUGGUAGCAUGUCAGGAAAACUUGAAGAUUUAGAGACUUCUUCCAGGAUGGCUGACCCGGGAGCUGUUGAUGAAGAUAUGGAGCAUGUCAGCGAUGAAGGUGAGGAAUUGACAACUGCAGACGAUAUUGAUCAUGAGUAUGGGAUGGUUGACGCUCUAGAAGUUGCUCGACAAGUAGCCCAAGAAGUAGAAAGAGAAGUAGUGGAUUAUAGAGAACCAUACUGCAGUUCAUCUUCAGAGAAAAUCUCUGAAGGUGGACUCAGACGAGCUGAUAGCCCAGACUCUAUAAAUGGAGAACAGGACUUACCCACUCAUGUUUCACCAAAGGAGGCAGCAACUGAGCAAAGUCAUUCGGCAGAGGUAAAUCCUGAGAGGGAGGGCCACAUAGUCAAUUCAGAAAAUGUGGGCACUAUUCCAGAACAAUGCACUAAUGACAUGGAGUCCUCUCAGGUGACUGAAGCAGCUCAAGAACCUGAACUUAUCCCAGAAAAAAGCCUUUGUAAUUUUUUUGAUCUAAAUCAAGAAGUGUGCUCUGAUGAAAUGGAUCGCCCAGUAAAUCCUGUCUCUACUCCAAUUCCUGUUUCAAGGCCAGUAGCAGCUGCUGGUUUACCCGUAGCCCCUUUGCAGUUUGAGGGGGCUAUUGGGUGGAAAGGAUCUGCUGCUACUAGUGCUUUUCGCCGAGCAUCUCCUCGCAGAUUUUCAGAUGGUGACAAGAAUCUUUCUACGGGGGCCACCAGUGAUGGCUCAAAGCAGAGACUGGAUUGCCUUGACAUUGAUCUGAAUGUGGCUGAGGGUGGAGAUGAUUUAGGAAAACAAAUUCCGGUGUCAUCUGGCCUUCCUUCUGGGGAAUCUUCAGUUGAAGUGAGUCAAAAUAGAUCAGGGAGGCCCAAUUUGGAUCUAAAUCGUAUUGAUGAUGAUGGUGAUGCCUUACCAUCGGGUUUAAGGAUGGAAGGACAGUUCUUAAACAAUCGGAAUGGCCGUCGCAGCCCAUCUCCUGCUUCAUCGUCAUCAUCAAUGCAGCCUUCUAUGAGGAAUUUUGAUUUGAAUGACAGGCCAUAUUUUCAUAAUGAUUCUACAGAUCAAGGACCAGGUAAGUCUUCUCAAACUGCAAAUGCAUAUGGAUGGCCUAAACCAGAUGCUUCAGUUAUUUCUAUCAUGGGUACUCGAGUGGAGAUAAACAGAACUGAUGCUCCUCAAACUCUGUCCCUGGCAAAUGGCAAGGCUAUUGAGACUGCCGCAGAUGUUAGCAUGGCAAGAACGGGGAAUCUUUUGGACAUGGGUUCAACGGUCUCUUACACUCACUCUCCUGUUUUUGGGUACAAUGGACUGGCAACAGGACCUACCAUGUCGUUCUCCUCAGCCAUGUAUGGACCUGGUGGCACAAUCCCCUACAUGGUGGAUUCUAGAGGAGCUCCUGUUGUGCCUCAAAUAAUGGCGUCUCCGUCAGUUGUUCCGCCUCCAUUUUCCCAGUCACCGUUCAUUAUGAACUUGAGUGCGACAGCACAACCAGGUCUAAAUGGUGCUGGGCCCUCACGUCCUCCUAGCUUUGAUCUGAAUUCUGGCUUUAUGGUUGAGGGAGGCAAUAGGGACUCGGGCCUGAGGCACCUUUUCAUUCACGGUCAGAGCGGCAGGUCUAUGGAGGAUCAUUUGAGGAACAACUCACAACCCCCUCCUUCAAGUUCCACCGUUGGUGGGAAAAGGAAGGAACCAGAUAGUGGCUGGGAAUCAUUCCCGUUUAGCUACAGACAUCAGCAACAGCAACCACCAUGGAGAUGA